GAGCGACAAGAAGUUCGGACACCGAGGAGCCCAGAGCCGCCGCGGAGCCGAACCGAACCAAGAACUGGAACUGGAACACAGCGACACCACGGUGGGACCGGGACCAGCGCGGUGAGCGGACCGGGACCGGGACCGGGACCGGAACGGAAUUGAAGACGGCAUCAUUCCUCUCCAGAAGUCAGGGAGGUUCGGGUCGGACAGGCGGCGGUUCGGGGCAGCAGAACCGUGUUAAAGUGGACCGCUGGCGGCUGCAGACAGAACCAUGUACCAAGUCCAGGAGAGCCGCCCCCUGCUGAGCCCCUCCAUCGAUGACUUCCUGGCAGAGAGCCGCAGCGAGGCCGCCUCCGGACGACCCCCGACCUCCAACCCCGCAGUUCUAUCCACGGCUCUGGACCUGGUGGACCUGAGCGACCCGGCAGAGACCCGGUACCACCGGGUCACCGAGAGUCCAGUGAGGAGGACGGUUGGCUCCAGGAGCCCCAGGCACAGAACUAGAACCAGAACUGAGGAGACGGAGCUGGUCCCACUCCAGCUGAAGCGCCGGCCUGCCGGACCCGGAACCCCCGACAGGACGUCCCUGGACUCGGUCAGCCUGUCCUCUCCUCUGGACAAGUGGGGCGAGUUGGACCUGGAAGACGGGGGACGGCGCAGACGCUGCCGGGCCAGAUGCUCCUCCCACCACUCCUCCAGCGAGUUGCUAUGGUCUGCAGAGUUUAGGACAGAUGCUCUGAUGAAGAGCAGCUUGGACAAUCUGGACUUUAUAUCUCUGAACCAGGACAGCAGCGUGUCCAGACUCCGCAGACGGACUCGCUCUCUGCUGGCCAAGAACGAGUCCCUGGAGGACGAGUUCGUCCGCGCAAAGGCGGCUGUAGAGUCGGACACAGAGUUCUGGGACAAGAUGCAGGCGGAGUGGGAGGAGCUUGCUCGCAGGAACUGGCUGGAGGAGGCGGAGAGCCAGCAGAAGCCGGCCCCGCCCCCCGUCUCACCUGUGGAGAAGGGUUACUUCUUCAGCGCCACCAACCCGUACCUUGACUGGCCCAACGCCUUCGCUGAGGGUCAGGAGAAAGCAGGAGAGGGAGACCUGAACGCCGCCGUCCUGCUGCUGGAGGCCGCCAUCUUGCAGGACCCCAGUGACCGAGGUGACCCGUUAGCGUGGCAGAUGCUGGGGACUCAGGCUGAGAAUGAGAACGAACAGGCCGCCAUCGCCUCGCUGCAGAGGUGUCUGGAGCUCCGCCCCAACAACCUGCCGGCCCUCAUGGCGCUCGCGGCCAGCCUCACCAACAGCAGCCAGGUGCCGGAGGCCUGCGACGCUCUGCGCCGCUGGAUCGGCCACAACCACAGAUAUCGACACCUGGUGCAGAGCUGGAGUCCGCUACAGGGUUCCCCAGCCACACCACGCAGGGGCCCCGGCUGCUCCGCACCUGCGAGCUCGGCGCUGCAGGAAGUUCUGCUGCUCUUCCAGGAAGCGGCGCAGCUGAACGUGGAUAACGUGGAUCCGGACCUGCAGACCGGACUUGGAGUUCUGUACAACCUGAGCUCAGAGUUUGAUCGGGCGGUGGAGGCGUUCAGCGCCGCGCUGUCCGUCAGACCGCAGGACUACCUGCUGUGGAACCGGCUGGGAGCGACGCUGGCUAACGGCAGCCGCAGCGCCGAGGCGGUGGAGGCGUACAGCCGCGCGCUGGAGCUGCGGCCCGGCUUCAUCCGCUCCCGAUACAACCUGGGCAUCAGCUGCAUCAACCUGGGCGCGCUCAGGGAGGCUGUCAGUAACUUCAUCACAGCUCUGAACCAGCAGAGGUGCAGCCAGCGUCGCAGCCAGCUGCAGAUGUCCACCAACAUCUGGGCUGCGCUGCGGAUCGCCGUCUCCAUGAUGGACGACCCCGAGCUGGACCGGGCCGCCAGCCUGGGGGACCUGGACCUGCUGACCAGAACCCUGGAGGGCGGAGACCUGUGAACGGGGUCAGAGGGCACAGGAAGAGGAAGAGAACGCUGCUGCACCUGAAACACAACCCUUUAACCCAAGUACACCUGGCUGCAGCCUGCGGAAAGGGGCGGGGACGGACCACUGUCAGUCUCAGACCUUAUAUGGAAAUGGGACUAUUGCAUUCCGGAAAUGAAGGGGGCGCUAGUGACACCAUUUUUCCUGUACCAGUCGUGUUUUAAUAAUUAUAAUAAACGCAUUUUAUUUGACAACGCCUUUAAAAACACCCAAUAACACUUUUAAAAUUUAAAAUUAAUUAC